AUGGGGAAAAAGGCCACGAGAAACACUACUACAACACCCGCCCCCUCCCCAACUCCCACAGCAACCACACAACCACCAGCCGCGGCAGCCUCGCCACUACAGAUACCAAUACCAUUACCCAUCCCCACUAUCGCCACCGUCCCACCAUCCAGCUCCGAAGAUGACAGAACCAGUUACGAGUUUCCGCGCGGGCUCACACUCUCUCCAUCCGGUCGAACCCUUGGCGCACUCUCUCACGCCCCAACUGUCCCCACUGAGAAUAGCGCCAGGGACUCCAAAGCGUCGCCGUCCACGGUGGCAGCAACAUCGCAAGCACCCAUCUCAGUCGCAAACGAGGAUCCCGCUGCUGGCCGUCGGUUCUCCUAUGCGGCAGAGGGCAUAUCUACUGGGUCAGGACGACGGAGACCCCAAGGGUCACCUCUCAAUCGGCACGUGAGUAUGGGAGGGCAGUCCUACGGGACUCACCAUCUUCCCUCACAUCUCCGCGAUCGCGAUUCGCCCUUCGCCAGCGCUCCCGCUACUCGCAAUGUGUCUCAAAGUGGAGGCAGCCCUGUAAAUAUCGGCUUGACUGUAGAUACCUACCCGUCCGGUUUGUUGACACCACCAAACGCCUCUAUGCCGGCGUAUUCUAUGCGUUUUCGACGGCCAUCCUUGACUUCUCAGGCCAUAAGCGUCUCGUCCGGAUACCCACAAUCAGUCAUCUCCCAUUCCUCGUACGACUCCCGCCAGAGCGUUACCAGCUUCUCGCAGAUCGAGUCGAACCCGGGGACCCCGCCUCUAAGCUCGUUGCUCUCAAGCGUGCCAGAUGAUGAUCCGUAUGUACUUCAAGUUAUGGACAUAGCUUCGCAAAAAUACCUCGAGAAAGCACAGGCCGACAAGACGCUCGGUGCAACUGUAAUUACCAAUGCUAUUAUGGAACCACGUCGGUCCAUCAGAUCCUCCCGUCGGACCGCCGACGAAAAUCAUCUGGCGACCUUGCCGGAAAACGGUCCAGCAGCGCCGGUCGCAGCCGCCGUCACAAAAUCCCCAGAAACCGCUGCCGAAAGUCAACCCACCCCAGCUGAUCCGCAAUUUGUAGCUUCGCCGGAGACCCUUCUUCGCGCCGCUCGUUGCAAAGCGUAUCUAGAAACCCGCUACAACCAGAUAUCCGUCGUCCUGGCAAAGGAGGACACCCCAUAUAACCCGUUGCAGAUCAUCCGAUGGCGUCGGACGAUGUGGCAACGUGCAGUCCGAUCCGGCGCAGAGGAGCAAAAGCGAUGGAAAUUGCGGUACUAUACCUGGCUUGUCGGGAACAGCGAGCUGACAGAGUUCUAUGGCGAAAAGCCCAACGGUUCCGACAUGGAGUAUGAGACGGAUGACCAUUCCGCACAGAGUUCGGUCGAAUCGAUGGAUGAGGGGAUCGGGACUGUUGUGAGAGGGUUGCAGAAGCGGUGGCGGCGCGCUCGCGGCAAAAAGUCUCGCGGCUCGGAUGAAGAGUCGGACCGUCCGCCACUCGAUCGUCGCUUAUCCCGCAGCGACGAAGAUACCCGCAGGUUGAAGUCUGACCGUCGGUCAGUGGACUCGAUGGACUCGAUGGAAGGCGCAGCGCAACGUGUCAGCCCAGCAGGUGGGAUGGAGAGCAAUACGGGAGGUCCGUCUCUGUUUGCCCAGUUCCUGACGGGGGCGGUCAGUUCGGGCGACGGGGACUCGCGGGGAGACGAUAGCCCGCGGCAAGGGAUGGAGGAAAAGGAUCGCCGGUUAUCUGAUGCGGGAUUCGGCCUCGUAUCUGGGGAGAACUCACUCCGGAAUUCCAUGGCGGAUCAGCGAUCCGGUUUCUCCAAGCACCUCUCAGAUGGGUCGGAACCGGAAGGCAAGCUCUCUUUGGAGACAACAGCAUCCUCCGUAUCCAACCUCGCCUCGGAAAUGGAUCUUGAGCAACACCAACGCAAAAGCGUCGAGGACAUAUCCACCGGCGAGCAGCGGGAAUCCCUUACACGGCUGUACAAGCGAAAAAAAUCCGCCUUCUGGGAUCGUCUCCGCGACAAAAAGGCCGAUGUCAUCAGCGGCUUUGGCGCGGGCUCCUCAUCGUCCGACCUGGGGAACCUGGAACGGAAGAAGAGCCUGGCGGGGACCGUCGAACAUCUCAUCAACACGCGGAUCAGGAGGCAGUCCGUGUCUAUCAACGCCACGACGGCCAUGCACGACGCGGAGACUGGUGCGGAUGCAAAGGAGAGCAUUGACACCGAUCGCUCACGGCAGGGAUCCCCGCGCACGCUCAAAUCUGCUGAUGGGUCCAUUCGCACCGGCCCGAAAAUGCGUGCCCCGAGCCCCCUGAAGCAGGCUGCCAACGCGGUGUCGGAAGCCCCUCCGAACGACCUGCCAGCGACCUCGCAGAGCGAGAUGGAGAGCUACAACCAUUUGGACCUCACCAUCGACGUCAAAGCGGUUGGGAAGAGCGGGGGUGCAAAGAGCGCUGGUGCAGCCAGGCAGUUGGGGAAAAAGAACAGAUUGGGACACCUCGCUCCCCAGCGGUCCCAAUCAUAUAAUGAGGCCGAGUGGCGCGACAAGCAGAGGACAAAUAAAGGCGAUCAUGACUCGCUGCCGCCUAGCGGCGAACAUACCCCGAGCCUAUUAUCGAAACGCAUCAUGCUGAACGCCGCCCGCAACGCCACGGAACCCACCCUCUUCCACGACGAGAGUCUCGGCUCGGACACCGACGAGGCCGAUAAGCGCACCGCGGGCCCAACCUCAGGCCGUCUAAAAGGCAUGAUCGACAAAAUCGGUCGCAAAAAACUGUGGGGCGAAACCACCAACCCGGACAGCGGCUUGGACGGAAGCAGCCACCAUCGCGGCCUAUCCUCCGACUUUGACGCCGUGUUUGCCGACGACGCUAAGAGUAAACCGGGGAAGAAAGAUCGCCGGACGUCGGCGGAGGUUGAGGAGGGGCAUUUGUGGGCGUAUGAGAGUAGUAGUACGGAUGGGGAGGAGGAUAGGGACGGGAAGGCGAUGGUGAGGUCGAAGAGUGGAAGUAGUACUUAUUUGGAGGCGCCGGAGAAGGUCAAGAAGAGGAGGAAGUUGAUGCGAACUUUUAUGGGCAACCGCUCCAUGAACGCCUCCUCAACCUCCCUUGGCAAAAACUCCCAACAUGGAAGCGACGACGCACACCGCAGCGGCACAGCAACCACACCCAAACCCCACCGCUUCCACCGCACCAAGAAACGUCCCAACGAAAUUACCAACAACCCCGCUUACGACGCAGGCACCUCCGCCACCUCUGGCGACGAGGAGCAUGACCGGGGGCAUCGCGGUCGACCGCAGUCCCAUUCGCAUGCGUACAAUACCCGCCGCACCGCCUCCCCGGAGGAGACCCGGACGUAUCCAUCGAAACGCGACCCGGAGUCACCCUUGACAGCUGAGGAAUCGGAGUGGGUGGAAGCCCUGACGGCGUUGACGGGACGCAUGGAUGUGAUGAUUAUUGGUGUGCAGGAUUUCAGGGGGGCUGUUGAGGACCGAAUCGCCGCUCAAGCUCAAUUCACACUCCGCUGGUCACCUGCCGCGCUUAUUCCUUCCUCCUCGCGCGCGUCCUCGGCUGCUAAUCUCGAAGCUGUCACGACCGGGGACGCGCAUAUACCGCUUAUCCUGCGCUCUGCGAGUUCACACGACGUCAACGACCACCGGCCGCAUAUCUUCCAAAACUCUACGGACGUCGACGCCAAGUUUGAUACGGGAUUUGAGAAGGGAAUGGACACGGAGGAGGACAGGUUAAGGAUCAUGUUGGAGGCUGUGAGGGCCGGAUUGGAUGCUAUGGAUGCCAAAUGCCAGGAUAUCGCUGCUUCCAAUUCUGGCUCACACACCCACGUCAGCGCCAUGGUGACCGGCCUAGACGCCAUGACGCAAGAAGUCACGGAAGACAUCUCGCGGCAGUUGAAGGUGAUGGAAGAAGCCAUCCAGCAGAUCGAGGGGACGCCGAAUACACUGGGGUCGUUUGAGGAUUGGUACUAUUCGGUUAUUGCUUGGUUGCUUGGAUUCCUAGGCUUCACACUCUGGCUCUGGUUCCAAAUCUGGAAAUUCGGCCGGCGGCUGCUGAGCGCCGCCCGCACGGUUCUCACCACUUUCAGUCCUGACGCUGCGAUUGUUGUGGAUGGGCUGGGCCAGGCGGCGGGGAAGGUCGUCAAGGAACAGACGAUCGAGAGGAUCGCGAGGGGGGCCGGGUUGAAGAAAGUCGGAGCGUCGUGA